GUCACCGUGCGGAGGGCAUUUCGUUCAAGUCUAUUGCGUGAUCGGGGCCAGAAACAAGGGAGAUUUGUGAAUUUAACGUUCACUGUUAAUUACAAACGGAAAAUAUAGGAACGUUCGUGUGAUCGUUCUUAUAUCGAAUCUCGAGGACAAACAUCGAAUUCACGGUCUAAGAUCGACGACUUUGUUCAGUGUCGUGUGAAGAAAACCGUCGAACCAGUUUUAUCAGCCAUGGCUGCUAUGUCCGUGAUCGGAAUCGACUUUGGCAACGAGAGCUGUUAUGUGGCCGUAGCACGCGCGGGCGGCAUUGAAACUAUAGCGAACGAUUACAGUCUACGGGGCACACCAUCAUGCGUAGCAUUUAGUUGGAAAAAUCGAAUUCUUGGCGUAGCCGCCAAGAAUCAAAUGGUAACCAAUAUGAAAAACACUAUUUUUGGAUUCAAAAGAUUAUUGGGUAGGAAGUUUAACGACCCGCAAGUACAGCGAGAGAUUCAAAUGUUACCUUUCACGGUAACUCAGCAGCCAGAUGGGGGUAUCGGUAUACAUGUACAAUACUUGGGAGAAAAGCACAUAUUUACACCGGAACAAAUAACUGCGAUGUUGUUCACAAAAUUAAAAGAUAUAUCCGAGGUUGCUCUUCAAACUGUCGUUAAUGAUUGUGUCAUUUCCGUUCCUUCUUAUUACACACAAGCUGAACGUCAAGCAUUGCUCGACGCUGCAAGGAUCGCAGAUUUAAACGUUCUUAGAUUAUUUAAUGAAACAACUGCUACCGCUUUGUGCUACGGUAUUUACAAAGAAGGGUUACCAUCGUCCGAUGCGCCCCCAAGAAAUGUAGUAUUUGUCGAUUGUGGAUACGCCAGCCUACAAGUGAGCAUUUGCGCGUUCCACAAAGGAAAACUGAAGAUGUUAGCAAGUUCAGCGGACAGUCAAUUAGGUGGCAGAGAUAUAGACUCUAUUUUAGCAGAACACUUUUGUAAAGAGUUUCGAUCUCGUUACAAUAUCGAUGCGCACACCAAUCCGCGUGCAUACUUAAGGUUAUUAGGAGAGGUGGAAAAGUUGAAGAAACAAAUGUCAGCAAAUUCAACGACGCUUCCUCUUAAUAUCGAGUGUUUCAUGGAUGAGAAAGAUGUACACGGUGACUUGAAACGUGCUGACAUGGAGGGAAUGUGCGCGCAUUUAUUCAAACGCGUGGAAUCAACUUUGCGGCAGUGCCUUGAAGAUUCUAAACUAAAAUUGGAUGAUGUACAUUCGAUUGAAUUAGCGGGUGGUUCUACCCGUGUUCCCGCUAUUAAACGAAUAGUUGAGGAAAUGUUUGGCCGUACCGGGUCCACGACACUGAAUCAAGAUGAAGCUGUUGCUCGUGGAUGCGCGCUACAGUGCGCAAUGUUAAGUCCUGCAGUUAGAGUCCGUGACUUUGCAGUGACCGACAUUCAACCAUAUUCAAUUAAACUAACAUGGGAUGCUAAUCAAGGCGAAGAAGGUGAGAUGGAGAUUUUUGGACACAAUCAUCCUGUACCGUUCUCGAAGAUGUUGACAUUUUAUCGAUCAAGCCCAUUUUCACUCACUGCUAGCUACAGUACACCGCCACAGUCGUAUCCCGAAACACACAUUGGUGUGUUUGUAAUUAAAAAUAUUAAACCGACGCCGGAAGGUGAAUCAUCGAAAGUGAAAGUGAAGGUUAGGGUUAAUUUGAAUGGAAUCCUCACUGUUAUUUCCGCGUCGCUGAUCGAGAAACGUGAACUCACGCAACAAGAAAAAGAAAAAGAAGAGGAGGAGAAACAGCAGCAGCAACAACAACAAACUCAACAGAAUAACAUGGACGUGGAUCAGCAGCAAGAUAAAAAGGAUAAGCCUGAUCAAGAAGCGCAGGCCAACGAACCACCAGCACCUGAGGUGAGCAUGGAUAAAACACGACGGAACUCAAAUGCUGAUGAUGGUGGAAGAGGUUCGAGGGGUUGUGCCCCUUCCUACUCCUCCAGGAUUCGCUCUUGGUUCAGCUCGGGAGACGACAAGGGUGAAGAUGGUAAAGGUAAAAAGAAAAUUCCUAUUCGUACUAUCGACUUACCAGUGGAAUCCUAUUCGUGUGGACUUUCUCAACGCGACUUGGAUAACGCAGUGGAGAAAGAGAGUAAAAUGAUUGCUGAAGAUAGACAAGAGAAAGAACGAGUCGAUGCUCGCAACGCAUUGGAAGAAUACGUUUACGACUUACGCGCUAAACUAUCAGAGGAAGAUCAGUUCGCUACAUUUGUUACGGAAGCAAACAAAGAAGCACUUUGUCGUAUGUUGGAGGAGACAGAAAUCUGGCUUUACGAGGAAGGCCAAGAUUGUCAUCAAGAAGUUUAUUCGAAACGGUUGUCACUCCUUCAGUCCCAAGGUGAACCGAUCAAAGAAAGGCGAAUGGAGUUCGAAGGAAGAAAUCAUGCGCUGGAAGAGUUGGCGGGGGCUUUACAACUAGCUAAAAAAGGACUAGAUCUGAUCAAGGCGUCCAGUGGAAAGGAUGAUAAAUAUUCUCACUUGACGGAGGAAGAGGUGAAGAAGGUUGAGAAAACUGUACAGGAGAAAUGGGCAUGGCUCGAAGAGAAACGUGUACUUCUUGCUAGCACAGACCGUACGGAACAACCACCAGUCACCGUAGCACAAUUGCGCGCAGAAAAACAGUCGUUGGAUAAUAUCGUAUUUCCAAUUCUAAAUAAACCAAAACCGAAAGUCGAGGUCCCAAAGGAAGAGAAACAACCAAAAGAUAAUAAAACUAACGAAGAUCAGAAGAACAAUCAAAACAGUCAAGGCGACGGUCAUCCUCAGGCCAAUCAACAACAACCAGCGGAAGAAGAGAUGGACCUUGAGUAACAGUCAUCCCAUUUCCUAUGUUUUAAUACUAUUAAAUCUAUCAUGAUUAAAAUAAUGAAAAUUAUUUCAUCAUAUAAGCCAUCUUUAUCAUGCCACAGAAGCACCUGAAACGUUUUCGUUGGCACACGCGAUUGAUUUUUCUUUUUCUCUCCUUUCACUGUUAUCGAUGUGAUAAGUUGACAUAUUUAAGGGCAAAGUGUCGUUCGAUACAAAGUAUGUUGAAAAUUGAAGAAAUUUUUUCAGGCCACGAGCCUGUGUAUUUGUUCCAUUUUACUUUGACGAACGUUAUUCCAUUUCAAUAAAUAAAUGUUAUAAAAUUUGACACGUAACUGAGAAUGCUAGAUAAGAAAUUUCUCUUAAAGGUGUUGUUAUCCCUUGGUGUUAGUUUAAGUAUAAAAGAAUGACAAUUUUCUUU